CCAAUUCAACACUCAAUUCCAUUACAAUUUCCCGAUCCAUCAUUUCCCUCCUGUCUCUAUAUUACUGUUUUUGUUUUCUAAUUCAAGUUUUGUUAGUUAUUGUAGCAUAAUAACAAAGGUUUAUAUAUAUAUAUAUGGAAAUAUAAAUAGAAAUACAAAGUAGUUUUCUCCCUCCUCUGUUUUCCUUCCUGGCAAGCAGCUACUCUUCCAACAACAACAACAACAACAACGACAAACAGGGGGGGGGGGAGGGAGAGAGAGAGAGAGAGAGAGAGAGAGAGGAGGGAGAGGGCAAGGUUGCGGUUUCCGGUUUAUUCUUCGUCGUCGGUGAUCGCCGGAGACUCCAUAGAUUCCGAUCGGGGAUGAGAGGUAGCUCAGGGUGAAGCGGAGAGAAGACAGGUAGACCGACAGAGACAGACCAGCCAGCCUGCGGCAGUUUCUUUUGCGUGUGUGUGUGGGCGAUAUUAUAUAUAAAUAUAUUUAAAAUAAUUUAAAAAAAAAGGAAGAAAGACUUCACAGAGAGAGAAGGGGAAGGGUAGACAUGUGGUUAACGUGCAUUGUAGGAAGAAAUAAUAGGGAGGAGAGGAGAGGUGAGGUGAAGAGUGCGAGAGAGAGAGGCGUCUGAGAGGAAGGGAGGUUUUGGUUUUGGUUUUGGGUUUGGAGGUUCUUGCACGGCACAGAUACCUUAGAUCUCUAUCUUCUUCAUUCUGCCAUCCUUUCUUCCUUCUACCUCUACCCCCACCCUUGCUUUAUGCCGUAAUUUAUUCUUUUUUUGAACUUCCCUUUUUUCUACCUCUUUCUCUGUCUCUUCUUCUCUCGUCGCACCGUUUAAAUUCUCCGCCUUGCCUUUCAUUCUCUCUCUCCCUCUCUCUCGCGCUCCAUCCUUUUUUCCCCCCUAUAUCUUACUAAUUUUGCUCAGCUCUCUGUUUUUUUGUCGUUGCCGAGAUGGUGCGCUUGUUUUAAAUUUCGAGAGGUCUUGUUAUUUUUCCGAACUACGAUUUUCUUAGACUUCCCUGUAUAAUUGAUGCACUUUUGUGCUCUGGUGGUAGCCAAAGACGAGAUUUUUUUCAAGUUUGUUGGUGCUACUUGAGUUGAGUUGAGAUCACAUCAUGCCUUCUGAUAUUAUGGGUUCACAGGGCUUGUCCCCGUCCUCAUUUUUAUCUGAGGAUUUGCAUCCUGAUGAGAGACAGAUAGGGUUUUGGAAGACAGAUACCAUGCCUAAUUGCUAUGGUUCAAAAAUUGAUGGAACACUUCAUACAGUUGGUGUUGCUUCGUCUCCCCUUCAGAAAAGGAUACAAUUGGAUUCUCGAAUCAGCAAUCGUUUUGAUCUUCCAGAUUCUUUUCUCCACCAAGACCAGAGGGCUGCUACAAGCAUAGAGAAGCAUGCUGUUGGAGCAGCUGGAGCAACCAGUCGCUCAUUACCAAGAAACUUUGACCAUGAUUUGGUCACAAGGCCUAAUUUUAGUGUGGAGCCUGCUUCUUAUUUUAUGGAAGGGGAAAAAUUGAAUUUAGUUGGCGCUCAAUAUGAGAAUGGUCUCUUUUCAAGCUCGUUGUCUGAGUUAUUUAGCAGGAAAUUGCGACUAUCAUCGAAUAAUCCUCCUUAUGGUCACUCUGUGGGUGCUGCUGCCUCUCAAUAUGAGGAAGAGGAGACCUUUGAAUCACUCGAAGAACUUGAGGCUCACACAAUUGGGAAUCUUCUACCUGAUGAUGACGACCUACUCUCUGGAGUGACUGAUGGAAUGGACAAUAUUACCCAACCCAAUAAUGGAGAUGACAUAGAAGAUUUAGAUGUAUUUAGCAGUAUUGGAGGAUUGGAGCUGGGAGAAGAUGGUUUUCCAUCGGGACAAAAUAAUUCUGACAUCUCGGGUGAAAAUGCCAAUGGUCAGUUGGUGGGUUCGGGUGUAGGGGAGCACCCUUUUGGAGAACACCCUUCAAGGACACUCUUUGUCAGAAAUAUUAAUAGCAAUGUAGAGGAUUGUGAGUUGCGAACACUUUUCGAGCAAUAUGGAGAUAUUCGCACCCUAUAUACAGCAUGUAAGCAUCGCGGUUUUGUUAUGAUUUCAUACUAUGAUAUUAGAGCUGCUCGGAAUGCAAUGAAAGCCCUCCAGAAUAAACCAUUAAGGCGUAGGAAACUUGACAUUCAUUUCUCAAUUCCAAAGGACAAUCCAUCAGAGAAAGAUGUCAAUCAAGGAACUCUUGUGGUUUUUAACCUUGACUCUUCCGUCUCAAAUGAUGAGCUCCGUCAAAUUUUUGGUGUCUAUGGUGAAAUUAAGGAGAUUCGUGAGACUCCGCAUAGAAGUCAUCACAAAUUUAUUGAAUUUUAUGAUGUGCGAGCAGCAGAAGCUGCACUUCGGGCAUUGAAUAGGAGUGACAUUGCAGGGAAGCGGAUUAAGCUCGAACCCAGCCGUCCUGGUGGUGCUAGACGAUUGACGCAGCCAUUUUCGUCAGAGUUGGAGCAGGAAGAAUCUAGUCUUUAUUUGCAACAGACAAGCCCUCGAAGUACUGCAUCAACUGGAUUUUCUGGACCAUUUUCACAUGGAGGAAUUCCAUCUAGCAUGGAUAACGGAACAAUCUUUGGGUCCCAAUCUGCCAGUGGAGCAACUGUUACUCCAUUCUUUGACAAUGCUUUCCACCAUGUCGUAUCUUCUGCUCCUAACAGCCUACCUUCUUUGACAAGGGCGGGAUCUUCUGGCAAUCACACCAGAGAUGGUGAAUCUAGCCAUUCACAGGGUGAGAUGAAAUUAGAGCUCCGGAGUGUGCCAAACUAUCAUCCUCAUUCACUUCCUGAUUAUCAUGAUGGGUUGGGAAAUGGGAUUUCUUGCAAUUCCCCAGGCCACAUGUCUUCUAAUAUAAGUGCAAGGCCUUCUGAAAUGAUUGAGAACACGCAGUUCUGCAGAUUCGGCUCCAAAGGGCACCCUGUUGAGCUGAAUGAUGGUGUUUUUGGUCAUUCUGGAAAUGGGAGCUGUCCACCUCCUGGACGUCACUAUAUGUGGAGUAAUACGCACCAUCCUCAGCCUCAGGGCAUGAUGUGGCAAAAUUCACCUUCAUUUGUUAAUGGGGUUUGUACUCCUCCUCAUGCUCAACAACUGCAUGCAGUUCCUCGAGCGCCAAACCAAAUACUCAAUGCGAUUCUACCUCAAAGUAACCACCAUGUGGGAUCUGCACCAUCUGUCAAUCCUUCUCUUUGGGACAGACGACAUGCAUUUGCAGGGGAAUCUCCUGAUGCUUCUGUUUUCCACCCUGGUUCUCUUGGAAAUAUUAGGAUUUCUGGUAAUGCACCACAUCCUUUGGAAUUUGUUCCCCGUAACAUUUUUUCGGGUGCUGGAGGAGGCUGUGUGGAGCUGGCGGUUCCUUCCAAAAGUGUUGGAUUUAACUCUCUUCCUCAGAGGUGCAUGAUGUUUCCUACAAGGGGCCAAAUGAUUCCUAUGAUAAAUUCGUUUGAUUCUCCAAAUGAAAGGAGUCGAAACCGUAGAAAUGAAAGUAAUUCAAGUCAGGCUGACAACAAGAAACAGUUUGAACUUGACAUUGACCGCAUUAUGCGAGGAGAAGAUAAACGAACAACUCUUAUGAUAAAGAACAUUCCUAACAAAUACACUUCAAAGAUGCUUUUGGCUGCAAUUGAUGAACGCCAUCGAGGAACAUAUGAUUUCAUCUACUUGCCCAUUGAUUUUAAGAACAAAUGCAAUGUGGGAUAUGCAUUUAUCAACAUGACCGAUCCCUCCUUGAUCAUCCCAUUUUAUCAGGCAUUCAACGGGAAGAAAUGGGAAAAGUUUAAUAGUGAAAAAGUAGCCUCGCUUGCAUAUGCUCGCAUACAGGGAAAAGCUGCUCUUAUUGCGCACUUCCAAAAUUCAAGCUUGAUGAAUGAAGACAAGCGAUGCAGGCCGAUACUAUUCCACACUGAUGGUCCCAAUGCAGGUGAUCAGGUACCUUUUCCCAUGGGUGUUAAUGUUCGACCAAGACCCAGCAAAAAUCGGGCAACCACAAGCGAGGAGAACAGCCAAGAAAACGCACCGAAUUUGCCAAAUGGGGAGUUAUGUUUUAACGGAGACUCCGCUUCAGGUUCUGUCAAGGAGUCAGAUUGAGCAAGCUGAUGCUACUUUUUUGUGGGCACUAACUUAGUAGGAUUUAAGUAAUUUUGAGUGAUUCCACCCAAAUUUUACUGAUGUAUAUUAGGGUGGUUAAUGGAGGAAUGAAAAGACACCACAAAAAAAAAAAAAAAGAGGAGGAGAGAGGGCAGUUUUGUUGUGAUUUUGGAGAGACUCCUGAAAUUAUUGAGUGGUACUUGAUAAGAGCAUUGUAUUCCCGUUCGCAAUGGGUUUAUCAUCACUUCGAGGCUGCUAUUAGAAAAGGAGCAUUGGAUGGAGCUUCAAAUUUUGGAUAUUGAGGAAAUUAAGUCCAGAUAUAUAUAUAUAUAUAUAUAUAAAUUUAUGUGUAUAGGAGUUCUGGAGUGACUGCAAAAUAUUUGCUGCACAGAGGAGGCUUCUCUUGGCAUUUUGCAUUUCCCUCUGCACUUUGCUUGGAGAAAUUAGAGAUCAUUGUUAAAACAUUCUUGAUGUAACAAAACUGUUGUGGUCUUGUACCGAUUUCCUGGAUACGAGUCCCGAGAUACUGUGGCUCGUUUAGCAUGGUUAUCAUCACAUUGUCAAUAUUUCUGUCCUUGUGUUU